AUGGGAAAGAACCAGUCGAAAUUGAGCGCCGACGAGCUCGCCGAUCUGCAGAAGAACACGUACUUUGACAAGAAGUACAAGGGCUUCCUCAAGGACUGCCCGUCGGGCCAGCUCAACAAGGAAGAGUUCAAGAAGAUCUACCGCCAGUUCUUCCCCUUUGGCGACCCGAGCCAGUUUGCAGAAUAUGUGUUUAAUGUAUUCGACGAAGAUAAGAGCGGCACGAUCGAGUUCAAGGAGUUCAUCGUCGCUCUCUCGGUCACGUCGCGCGGCCGCCUCGACGAGAAGCUGAAGUGGGCGUUCCAACUCUACGACAUCAACGGCGACGGCUUCAUCACGUACGACGAGAUGCUCCAAAUCGUCAGGUCAAUCUACAAGAUGACGGGGCAGAUGGUGCGCCUCCCCGAGGAUGAGGACACGCCCGAGAAGCGCGUCGACAAGAUCUUUGCGGCUAUGGACCUCAACCACGACCACCAGCUCACGUACGACGAGUUCAAGGAGGGGUCGAAGCACGACCCGACGAUUGUCCAGGCGCUGUCGCUCUACGACGGCUUGGUGUAAGCGCCCGGCGCGCCCUGCCCUGCCUGCCUCUCGCGUUCCGUUCGUUCCGCUCGCCCGUCAGUCUCUCGCCUCCCGUCUCAUGUCUCGAUCUCUCCGCUCGCCCGUAUCGCAGUCUCGCUCCGUCCGGUAUAGACGCCAUGUCAAUGUAUUGCUUGCAAAAGAGCCGGGGUGUUGGCGUUGCUGGACGUGGAUGGGGUGUGCUAGGGCUGACUUCGACAUUUCGUAGACGCCCGAGGUUGACGUUGCUGUUGCACGUAAACGGGC